CGCGAGUUGAGACUUGUGACAUCUAGAUUAGUCGUCCGCUAAGAGUAGAGUUGGCGGAAGCUGUUGGGACUUCGGGACUUUUUACCAGUGAUUCGUCAGUGCGGGGUCUGUUAAUUAAAGCGGGACUGAUGGGUGAUAUGCAGAUGUCGGUAGUUGAUCCAACUUGGGAGCUACUGGACCCGAACCCCGAUAUUCGUGCGUUAUUCCUGGAGUUCAACGACACGUUUUUCUGGGGUCAGUUGUCUGGUGUAGAGGUAAAGUGGAGCGCAAGAAUGACGCUGUGUGCUGGUGUAUGCAGUUAUGAAGGGAGAGGUGGAUUAUGCUCUAUACGACUUAGUGAGCCCCUUUUGAAGUUGAGGCCAAGGAAAGAUCUAGUAGAGACCCUUCUUCAUGAGAUGAUCCAUGCUCUACUAUUUGUCACCCACAACAAUAAAGAUCAUGAUUCACAUGGCCCUGAAUUCUGCAAGCACAUGGAGCGCAUAAAUGGGAGAACUGGGGCCAAUAUUUCAGUUUAUCACAAUUUUCAUGAUGAAGUGGAUGAAUACAGAAAACACUGGUGGCUAUGCAAUGGACCAUGUCAGAAAAGAAAGCCAUAUUUUGGUUAUGUGAAGCGUGCAAUGAACCGAGCACCAUCUUCUCUUGAUCCUUGGUGGGCUGACCAUCAACGCACUUGUGGAGGUUCAUUUGUUAAAGUCAAGGAGCCUGAAAACUAUCCCCAGAAAAGGAAGAGAAAAAAUGAUCCUACUAUAUCUGAGGUUAACAGCUCAUCUCAUGUCAAAGGAAAAAGCAAUGGAGUUGAUAUCCGUACAGUUAUUCCAUUUAGUGGCACUGGUUACAAACUUUUUGAACCCAAUAAAUCUGAUGCACCGCUGAAAAUUCUGAAUAUUAAUCCAACUAAAGAUAAAGCAGCAGUACCUUUGCUGAACCAUACUCCUCCUAGCACAAAUAUUAAUGGCACUUUCCUGACAAACAAAAUUGGGAGUGCCAAAUCAACCCCAGCACAGUCUAUUUUGACUAAAGUAUCUGUUGCAAACACCAAAGUGUUCAUUAAUUUAAAUGGCUCUCCAAUAAAGCUUCCAUCCGGCAGCAAGAAUAAAUCACACCAGAUUUCAUCAAAACAAAAAUCAGUCCUACCGUUCUUUAAGAUGCAGAAGGAUAAUUCAUUUGACUUAACCCUUCCGUCACCAAGUAUUCAGUCUACCUCUCAGAAACCACAGAAAGAUAUUUCAUUCGGCUUCACCCUUCCAUCACAAAGUUUUCCAUCUACCUCUCCAGGAUCAAAUAGCGAAAACAAAGAACCCCUUUACAAAAAGCUACAAAUGAAUGAUAGAGAGUCUUUUAUAAUUCAUUCAGGGAACAAAACGAAUGUUAAUGACAAUAAGAGCUGUACUGGGCCUGCAGCUACAACUGCUUCUGGGUUAAACCACACUAUAAAGGUGAGCUGUCCUGUUUGUGGGACUGAAGUUUUAGAGUGUAAAAUCAAUGACCAUUUAGACACCUGUACCUCUUCGGGACCCCAGAAGGAUAUUUUACUUGACGUCUCCCUUCCAUUACAAAGUUUUCCAUCUACUUCUCAAGGAUCAAAUAGUGCAAUCAAAGAACCCCUUUACAAAAAGCUACAAAUAAAUGAUAAAGAUUCUUUUAUAAUUCAUUCAGGGAACAAAACUAAUGUUAAUGACAAUAAGAGCUGCACUCGGCCUGCUGCUACAACUGCUUCUGGUUUCAACCACACUAUAAAGGUGUGCUGCCCUGUUUGUGGGACUGACGUUUUACAGGAUAAAAUCAAUGACCAUUUAGACACCUGCUUACAAAACUGCAAUACAUAAAAAGACUGAAGUGGUGUUUUUUGUUUUUUUAUGUCAACUCAUACUUUUAAAUACUCCAAUAUAGAUAUUUAAUCAUUAUAUUUAUAUGAAAUUUUAAAGGUGAAAGCAGUGGCUAGUCAAAACACCCCUAUUUGCCUGUCAUGGCUUCCUAUUAAACUGUACUUGAAAAGUUAUGUCAAUCAAACAGACUGAAUGUACAAUCCUCUUUUACAGUUAUGCAAAUGCUAAUAUAAUUGUCAUCUUACUAGGGAUGCACCGAAUCCACUAUUUUAGGAUUUGGCCGAGCCCUGAAUCCUUUGUGAAAGAUUUGGCUGAAUAACGAACCAAUUUGGAACCCAAAUUAAAGCCAAUUAGGAAACCGGGGGGUGGGCUGGAAGAACUGCGUGCUGUGUAUGUGGUUAAAUUAUUUUUACUUCCUUGUUUGUGACAGUCACAUGAUUUUUUGGAUUUGGUUCGGCCAGGCACUUAAGUUCGGCCAAAUCCCAAAACGAAUCCUUUGGUGCAUCCCUACUUUUUAUAAUGGUAUUAAUGCAUGAAGCUGGACAUCCCUGUUUUAUAAAUAUGGUUUUAAAAUCUCACAGUUAUUUAAGAUAAAAUAAAGAAUUCUAUGUA